GCGCGAUCCAGUGGCCUUCCAAGACCACUUGUGCAUUUUACAAGUACACCUGCACCAUGACCCUGCACGCGCUCUUGGGAGCGGAGAUCCAAACCAAGGCCGGGAUCGUCCCGACAACCGACGCGCUCGCCAACAAGAAGGUCGUGGGUAUCUACUUCUCGGCGCACUGGUGCCCGCCGUGCCGCGCGUUUACGCCGCUCCUCUCCACCUUUUACGAAGAUCUCGUCGAAGACUACGACGACAUGGAGCUCGUCUUUGUCUCAUCCGACAAGGAGCUCGCUGGCUUUGAAACCUACUGGGCUGACAUGCCGUUUCCAGCGCUCCCGUUCGCGCAGCGCGAGCUCAAGGCGUCGCUGAGCGCGCACUUUGGCGUCGAGUUCAUUCCGACCUUGGUGUUUCUCGAUGCGGACGGCAACGUGCUCACGAAGGACGGCGUUAAGCUCGUCAAUUCGGUGCGUGGCCGUGCCGACUUGCUCCGCAAGGAGCUCUUCAAGUAGAUCAAUAGUCCGAACGAGAAUUUAUUGUUUACUCUUCCUUGACCACCACGGUGGUCAGUACACCACG